UCCGAGUUGGUUUCAGUUGAGGAGCUACCAUGGGCGCUCGGUGCGCAGCCUAACAUGCUCAUAACGCUGUGCUACGUCUACAUGUGGGUGCGCUUUCACAGGUGCUACUCUGCGCUGAUCCGGAGCGGUCUGUCCCGGCUGAACAGCAGCAGCUUCAGCUUCAGCCUGUGCUCGCGCCGCGCCGGGCGCGCGCGUUCAGGCUCGCUUCAGCUCGAGGACAACGUGUUUCUUCAGCGCGGAGAUAAGGCCGUGUAUGUUAGCGAGCCUCAGGUAUGUGAGGACCUCAGCCAGUGGACUGUUCUCCUGCGGUCCUCUACCGUUUGUGCUCCACGAAUAGACAAUAUUUUUUUCAUCAUAGAAGCUACAGAACAUAAAGUGGGCUCUCCUUCUCAUCGGCCGUCUAAAAAGAAAGUGCUGAAGUUGUCCGACUGCUGUCUCCCUGUGGCGUGUUGCCCUGGCCAGCCGUUCAGGGCAGUCGCUCGAGCCAGCGUGGAGAGCUACAGCCAGCUCGGGAUAGCUUUCAUAGAAGAUCGCCUCCAGCUGGACAAUGGACUUACGCCCUCAAAGAUAGUCCCUGUCCUCCUGCAAGAAUCCACUCUGAGUGCACUGCUGGACCAGCAGUGUCCACAGAGCCCACGGGCACAGUCGUCACUGCUUCCCUGUAGCACUGGAGAGCCCAUAGCUCGCCACCAUCAUCUGCAGUGCCGUAAAGGCAGCUUCCUUCUCAUCCCAGAGGUAAAGAGGAGGUUAGAGGACCGGCGAGGGUCAGAGCCACUCCGCAGCUCCCAGGAUUUGGAAUCUCUCGGUGACUUGGAGGAACACUCCCUGGGGAAUCAUCACCACAUGGAGGGCCACGGACACCACCUGCAUCUGUCCAGCUGCCAUGAAUGUCUGGAACUGGAGAACAGUACUAUACUCUCUGUCAAAUAUGCCUCCGCUGAGAAUAUUCCAGACCUACCGGAUGAUAACUCUGUUGGAAACGAGUGUCUCGAUGAACUUGAAAAUGAUUCCCGAGGGUUUUUUGGUCAAAGCGGUGGCAAACUCCCAAAUGUUCUCGUCUACACGGGGGGCUGUCAGGAACGUUUUCAGACAGUUCGCCAGCUUUUAUCAGAAUGUAUAAACACGGAAAGUAACAUCAUCUAUCCGCUCCAGCCAGAGCAGGCACUGAAUGAUCCCUGGCUGGAAAACACAAGACUCCUGGUACUGGCAGAAGAGGAAACCCUAAGUCCCCAGCUUCAGACCCGCUUUCUCACCUACCUGAGCCAGGGGGGCAAAGUCCUCGGGCUAGCCUCUUCUCUGUGCCCUGCAGGACUCUACCUGGAAGUCAGGCAGAGCCAGUGCAUGCAGGUCAACAAGCUGAAUUUCACCAAGGAAGACAGCACAGAGCUGAAUCUGAGUAUACUGGCGAGUGGGAAAGUCUACAUCAGGGAUCCUCGGGGGGGAGGAGAAGUUGAACUGUGGGGGGAGCUGAAAGGGGAUGUCCCCCAUAAGAAGGAUAUGGUUAUUGUACGACUGACCCACGGAGGGGACAGUGGAGAAGCUGUUCUUUGUCAGGUCCACUUUGAAACUGCUCCCAACUCUCAGAAUUUGCCAUUGGAUGCUUUUGAUGAACUGAAGGUCAACAAUGCCUCGCGGUAUGAAGUCUUGACAGAAAUCCUCACCUCUCUAGGCCUCAAAUGUGAACCAAGUCAGACUCCAAGUCCAAGUGCGGUACACCUGCUCGCUACCUCUCAG